AUGGAUCCGUUGGAGGCAUCGCGACGAGAUCUCAUCACAUUCCGAGAACAAAUCUUACCUCCGGACCUGCUCAGCCACGCGUUCUUUAGCCUCGAUAACGUUGAAGAUUGGGUGAUGCCGGGUCCAUUCACGACCUUCACUCGAUUGGAAAUGGAGCGGUCAAGAUAUUUCCCACCUACAUUGUCCCAGCAGGACCCUUUAUUCCGACCAAAUAGCUCCAUGUCAACAAACACACGCUCUGAAGCCGGUUCAGAGGUUUUCUCCGAAGAUCCGCCGCCGCUUUCUGACUGCUCUCGUCCUGGUAGUGCCAUGUCUAUUCGUUCGGAAUCUUCACAAGCGUCUCAGUUGCCUCUUUCUGCUUCAUCGCUGCCUGAUGCAGCUCAAUCUAACAAGUUCCAUCCUAUCCGUCCAAAGCCGGCCCGAAUGCCACGUCAACCAAGGAAAGCGCAACGAGAGGAGCGCAAAGGCAUGAUCGCCAUCUCGAGAGAGCCAUGGGUUCAUGAGUUACGAACCAUCAAGGCCAUUCCUGACACCUGGGACGUAUCAAGAGAUGACCACCGAGUUGCAUAUCUUGUGGACAUGUCCGAGGCUUUGGAAUUGCUUCGUGAUGAUAAAGGUAUUGUUCAAUCAAUUCAGGCAUAUAUUCGGAAGCAGGAUCAAGACUCUUGGGCUGGGAAGGGAUCUGGCGGGAGUCUGAAAGGCGACACUGACGUCUUGGCGUUCCCCGGAGAACCAGGGAAAGCUGUCCGUUGUCGUCGUGGACAAUUCGGCUGUGGAGGAAUGUGGAAGUGCAAGUUUCUUGAUCCCCAACUCCUCGAGAAUUGCGAGAGAUACGAGGUGGACGACACAGAACGUCAGAAGCUCUCAGCAUUAGUAUUGGAGGCCAACGAACAUGAGAGCGAAACAGAGUGGACAGUGAUCGCUCAGUAA